AUGCUCCACGUGAGGAAAGUGUCGGAAGAGAAACGGCACGCCGAGUCUUGGAACAGUGCGGCAUGUAUAGUCCUUGAGCUCAACUGUGUAAGAAGGAUCGUGUUCAGGAGCGAGAACCUGCACCGGGAUGGCAAUCUCAUCGAUAUCGCGUUUCGUGAGAAGCGACGGGUGGCCAACGGAGAUACAGUUGACCAAUGGCGGCUGGUGCUCGCGGGCUCCAAGACGGAAUGCGGCCCACCCGCCGUAACAGAAUCCAACCGCGCCGACGAAGGCGUCUGUGAAGUGGAGAUUUAG